AUGUCCAAUGGCACUCCGAAGCCGGACACCUUGACGCUGUCCAAGCAGAGCCUCGUCGUCAGCUUGCAGUGCUCAGGACAAGACAACCAAAUCGUUCCUUCAACGGUGACAAACGUCUGCGUAGACGAAAAGGAGAACACGAUACAGACAUGCAAGACUGGCCCGGAUUCAAGCAAACAAAUCAAGCUGCAAAGCCUUCUCGGUGCCAGAGAAGAGAUCACAUGGACGAAAGACCCCCCGGGAGGAGAAGGAAAAGGUGCCACCCAGGGAGAAAAUUGGAUCCUCCGGCUCAACGAAUCCCAACUACCGUCGUCUGAUAAACAGUUCUUCGUGGGCUGCAUAAAAAAGGACGACAGUAACGAUACAAACUGCAAGCUCACUGUGAAGGUUGAAGCACCACCCUCUGCAGUGAAAGACAACGUUGUUUCUUGUGCCUACGGCCACACAAGCAAUCCCUCACCCGUGAAGGUUGAGCUGACACAAGGAAAGAACUCAUUCACCCUCGUGUGUGGGAAAGACGGGACUGUCAAGCCGGCAACGUACAACACAGACUACAGCGAAGACGCCAGCUUGGAGGACAAGUCCUUGAAGAAGAUCACGGAGAUCCUUCCCACCUUCGAUGAAAAGUGGUGGACGGCCGAGAAGGAGCAGGGCUCCGUUGUGUUGACGAUUCCGCAAACUGACUUCCCCUCUGCGGACAAGACGUUCUUCCUCGGCUGCUCCCCAACGGCGUCGACUAGCGCAGAGAAACCGGGUCGUGGUUCCCUCGCUCAGAAAGAUACUGAACAGGCACAGGAUGGUUCAACAACUUGCAGGGUGGAGGUGACUGUCAAGGCCGGGAGCUCGCCUUCGUCGGCGAGCGGAGGGGCUCUGUACGUGGCUGCCGCAGCUGGAACAACUGCGCUAGCGGGACUUCUCUCCGGCACCAUGUGA